AUGGCGGCUGCAAUCAAACCUUAUCUUCAUAAAGUUGAACUUAAAAUUAAACCUUAUUUGCAAGAAGGCCCAUUAUCCCCGUAUUGGCAACUUCUUGAAAAUAAAACGAAAGUCAAACGCGAGCACAUAGCCUUAGGAUUACUCGCUCUUUUGGCUAUCUACUUAGCAUUUGGUUGGGCCAAUGACUUUCUUUGUAAUCUGAUCGGAUUCCUCUAUCCGGCCUAUGCCUCAGUCUUAGCUGUGGAGUCCAAAGGUACUCAUGAUGAUACAGAAUGGUUAAUCUACUGGGUUGUCUAUGCUGUAUGCGGUAUUAUUGAGUACGUUGGACACAACUUCUUUCACUCAUUACCAUUCUACUGGCUUGGUAAAUGUCUUUUUCUUAUCUGGCUCAUGGUCCCAGGACAAAAAGGUGGUUCUUACAUAUUAUAUCAACGACUUAUUCGUCCUGUAGUUCAAAAGAUUCAUUCUACUGUUGAAAAACCAGCUCGUGAAAGUAAUAUCUAUCCACGAGUACAGACAGUUGGUAGCAGCGAUUAA